AUGCAAACACAUCUUGAUGAAGGAACUGAACCUUGGGGUAUCCAAGUUGAGCGAAUAGAAAUUAAGGAUGUUCGACUGCCUGUUAGCAUGCAACGUAGCAUGGCUGCUGAAGCCGAAGCUGCACGUGAAGCUCGUGCGAAGUUAAUUGCGGCUGAAGGGGAGAAGAAUGCAUCGCGAUCCCUCAAAGACGCUGCUGAUGUUAUCAGUCAGAGUCCAAUUGCACUGCAAUUACGCUAUCUUCAAACAUUGACGCAAAUUGCGGCCGAGAAAAAUUCAACCAUCAUUUUUCCGAUUCCUAGUUCGUGA